AUGAUCAUGUACUCUGCAGAAGGCGAGGAUGACCAGUCGUCUACAACGUCUGCACGUCCAUGUCGCCUAUUUUCUCUUGUGGAAAUUCAGUCUGCAACCAUGGACUUUUCUGAUGAACUGGUAAUUGGAAAGGGAGCAUUCGGAAAGGUCUAUAAGGGCCAAAUUUCUAGGGAAAAAGCAUGUCAUGCUGUAGCCAUCAAACGACAGGACUCUAUGUCCAAUCAGGGGGAACCUGAGUUUAGGUCCGAAAUCGAGAUGCUUUCAAAGUUGCGUCACAACCACUUGGUGUCUUUGGUUGGUUAUUGUGAUGAUAGCAAGGAGAUGAUCCUUGUUUAUGAGUAUAUGCCUAAUGGAACCCUUUACCACCAUCUACACAAAGCGCAAACUCCAUUAAAUUGGGUUCAAAGAAUGAAGAUCGCAAUAGGUGCUGCACGUGGACUAGACUACCUUCACACUGGUGUUGGCACCCAACAUGGAGUUGUACAUCGUGAUGUGAAAACCUCGAACAUUCUUUUGGAUAAUAAUUUGGAAGCUAUGAUAUCCGAUUUUGGUUUGUCCAAAAUAGGCCCAACUAAUCAUUCAACAUCUUAUGUUACUGGGAGUGUUAAAGGCACAUUUGGGUAUUUGGAUCCUGAUUAUUUCUAUACCAGAAAAUUAACAACCAAGGUAGAUGUGUAUGCAUUUGGGGUUGUAUUAUUUGAACUACUAUCCGGGAGGCUUGCAGUAGAUGAGCUCUAUGGUGAGGAGGAAUGUAGUUUGGUAAUGUGGGCUAAAAAAUGUGUCAAAGAACGAAAAAUAGAUCAAAUGGUUGAUCCUUCUAUUAAGGGAACAAUUCAUCCCAAAUGCGCAAGAGGGUUUGCACAAAUUGCAAAUCGUUGUGUGCACAGUGUUCCAAAAGAACGCCCUACCAUGUCCGAGGUCGUUGCCUCACUUCAGGCAUUACAGGUACAAGAAAAGAAAUAUGAUUACCCUGUCAGGUCAAGAGGCAAAACUGGAUUCCCUUCAAGGAUUCCAGAGUUUCUUGUUUCCAGCACCAAACUAUAUAUUCCAGAGUUUCUUGUUUCCAGCACUAAACUAUAUACUGGCGCCAAGGUUGUCAUACACCCUUUGUUAAACUAG